UUUGCACAUAUCAACACUUCGAAUUUCGAGGUUUUCAUAAAUAACUCUGAUGAACCAUAUAUCUCAACCUUUACCAAAACUGUGAAACAAAAUAAUCCAUCAGUUAUAACACUUCUAUCCAUAUGGGGAGGAAGUGAUGAAUCCCCUGACUUCUUCGCGAUGACCAGUGAAUUUUCGCGUAGAAAAUCAUUCAUCACAAGUUCAAUAAAAACUGCUCGACUAUAUGGAUUUCAAGGGCUUGAUCUUAAUGGUGUCUACCCAAAUACAGCUGCAAACAUGACUAAUAUGAGAACAUUCAUUGAAGAGUGGCGAACAACGAUUAAUUCUGAGUCCAACAAUUCAUUGAUCUUAACUAUGGGAGCAUACUAUUCACCAAUGCUAGAUCAAUCGAUGAAAUAUCCAGUAGAAACAAUUGUUAGAAACUUCGAUUGGGUUCAUCUCAGAUCAUAUGACUAUUAUUUGCCUUCAAAAAACAACGUUACACGAGCACAUUCAGCUUUAUAUGAUCCAUCAAGCACGCGAAAUACAGAUUAUGGUAUAAAGGAAUGGAUCAAGAAUGGCUUACCAGCCAAUAAAAUUGUUAUAGGCUUAGCAUACCAUGGUUAUGCGUGGACA